ACUCCUACAUUUCAUAAUCUUCUGACUUAUUUUUUUUACCUCAGUGCCACUUUUCUGCAUGAAUCCCAUACCCCUUGAUUCCCUUAAACUCAAAAAUACAUUGAGCCCUUCUUUCAGAUAAACACAGUGACCGAGCCUUUAAAACCUUCUUGUGCAGACAGUUCCAAAGAUUCACCACCAGCUGGGAUGCAGAGGUUUCUUCUCAUGCUGGCCCUGAGUGUCCAGAUUCUGAGAAAGGUUGUAGACACCCCAGCCAGAGGAAACAUCAUCCCUGCAUCCACUCUGUGACUCACCUGGAGAAUUUUGCAUGUUUCAAUAAGUUCAUCUCUUAUUCUUUAAAACUCUGGGGAAUACAGGCCCUUCUUAAUCUCCGCUCAGUAUACACACUGCUAACUUCCUGAUUUAUAUGAUGCCCUACAUCACCUCUGCUAUAUUGGGUCCUAUAAACAAUUAGUGCCUAUGUUUUCCGCCCUUGUAGUUUUGCAGCUUCACCCAAACUGAUUCUAUUAACGUAGCGGUUAGUGCGACUGUAUUACAGUGCCAGCGACCCCGGUUCAAUUCCGGCCACUGUCUGUGAGGAGUUUGUACGUUCUCCCUGUGUCUGCGUGGGUUUCCUCUGGGUGCUCCGGUUUCCUCCCACAUUCCAAAGACGUACAGGUUAGGAAGUUGUGGGCAUGCUAUGUUGGCGCUGGAAGCCUGGUAGCACUUGCAGGCUGCCCCCAGAACACUCUACGCAAAAGAUGUAUUUCACUGUGUGUUUCAACGUACAUGUGACUAAUGAAGAAAUCUGAUCUUAUCUUAUUUCCCAAGCCGAGGUCCUUCCUCUCAAUAACAACCAACCAUUCCUUUCACAACCUCGGUAAACACCAACAGUCUAUUGCACAACUAUUUAUCACACCAACACAGCUUUCCCAGUAAAUGCCAAAGGCCAACAGUAGAAUAUCAAAUAACACAAGUGGUUCAUUACACAACUGCGAUAAGUGUUAACCAUCCAUUUCAGAGCCUGAGUAAACUUUAAUGGUGGCUUUCAGAACCUCAAUAAACAUUAAUGGCUCAAUAAACAGCACAGUCCCUUUCACAUCCCACUGACCAACAUUUGGUGUCUUACACAACCCCAAUAAACACCAAUGAUCUUCUACACAACUUAAUACAUUCUGAUGGUUCAUUUUACAAUGAACACUAACACCCCCAUUUAACAAUUCAAUUAAAACACUACUGAUCUAUUGCACAAUCCUAAUAAACAGCAAUAGUCUACUUGUCUCCAAUAAACAAUAAUGGUGCCUUAUACAGUGCUAGCCAACACUAAGAGCCCAUUUCACAACCCAACUUAACAUAAUUUAACUGAAUUAAAAACUAUUGUUCAACAAUACAAACUCAAUUAACAUCAAUAAUUCACCACAGAAAGCCUACAAACACUAUCUAUUUAUUAUAUAAGCCCAAUAAACACCAAAUGCCGUUACAGGAUCCACUAACCACCAGUCUCUGUUACAGAAGCCACAGAUAAACACUGUUUGCUUGUUACACAAACCCAUUAACUGAUAGCCAUCCAUAACAGGAACCACAUCAAAGUCAAAGCAUGGAGGACAAUCGAUUCCAUAACCCACCUCAAGCAAUGUAGAAGUUAAUGGACAAAAAGAUAAACGAGCUCUUCCAGACUGGAAUUUAUCGUUAAACUGAGGAUUAGCUGGGAGUUAAGUGGUGCAGUGUCAGCUCAGUGGCAGUUUCAGCGGGAUUCAGACCCCUAGAGAUCCCCCACAGGGAUUUCAGUGAGCCCAUUGAUCCUGAGCUGUGUUAUAGGGUGGAGGAAGCAGAUCUAACCUUUAAACGCAGUAACCGGAUGGAUCACUGGGGUAACGGUCAGACAAGGGUAGUUGGAGACACAUCGGAACAGGUUGUCAUCAGAAAUGCCGUCAAGAGUUUGGGGCAAGAUCAGUCAAGUCCUGGGUAAUGAAAUUAAAUUCGCUAUGAGAGAGCCCUUGGGACUCAGGUUGUGGCAGUUGGUGUCAGCCGUCAUGUUCAGCGUUGUUGCCAUUAUGGCGCUCAUCUUCCCCGACCGGCUGUACGACGCAGUCUUUGAUGAAGGUGGCUCGGGCAGUAAGAUAUCUGUGAGACUGUACGGAGGUGCCCUGCUCAGUCUGUCCCUCAUCAUGUGGAACGCGCUAUACACAGCGGAGAAGGUGGUGAUCCGGUGGACACUGCUCACAGAGGCCUGUUACUUCGCCGUGCAGCUUAUAGUUACAAGCAUCACGCUGUUUGAAGUGGGAGCACUGGCGUGGGGAGCAUCGCUACUGCUGUUCAGUCGGGGGCUCUUCAUCAUCAUCAGUGUCUAUUACUAUUAUCAAGUGGGCCUCAAGCCUAAGAAGGUGUGAGGAGCCGGUGGGAGCUGGUGCGACUGACCGAGAGAGUGCUGACCAUGCAAACUCUGAACCCCACGUCAAGGGAUUUAUUUUGUAAAUUUCUGCAUUGUG